AUGGCAACGACCAAUUACUCAAUGAUCUUCAUUGGUAAUUUACAAGUUGCAGUUGAUAGGUCUUCUUUGUAUGAAUCUUCUGAUUACAGUUCAUUUGUCGCUAGAGAAUGUUUGAACAAGGAUAGUGCUAUGAAGCCUUACGACAUAUUCAUUUUUGAGAAGGAUGAGCAUUUUAGUGUUGAAGAUCAUUAUACUGCAGGAAACUCUUCAAAUGAAAGCAACACGAGACCUUCUGACAUCUUCCUCAAGAAGAAGCUGGUGGGACUAAACCCCUCCAUUCUGCAACUAAACAGAGAAAAGAGGAAAGCAACUUUGAAGUUUUCUGGAGAUAACAAGGAUAUUUUACAAUCUACUUUGUCUAGCUCAAAGAACAUAAAUCUUAGUGGUGGUUUGUUUGUCUCUAGAGAAUAUGAGAACAAGUAUGUGAAGUUUGGCGCUAGAAUGCGUUGUGAUCUUGUGAAUAGGAUGAAAGAUGUUACGUUGGCUUGGCAUGAGUCUGUGUCUUCUACAAGUGAUAAAAAUGUUGAGCUUUCUAGUGUUGAGAAUCAUAAGAUAGCUCCAAAGGCUGAUGGGCCAGGGAACUCUUCAAAUGAAAGCUCCUCAAGUCCUUUUGAUAUCUUCCUCAAGAAGAAGGUGAUGAGACUAAAACCCUCCUUUCUGGAACUGAACAGAGAAAAAAAGAAAGCAGCUAAGGGUUUCAGUGGAAUUGUUAUUAGACCUGGAAUGGUACUUCUCAAGAACUACUUGUCAAUCAAUAAUCAAGUGAUGAUUGUGAACAAAUGUCGUCAACUUGGUUUGGGUGAAGGAGGCUUCUAUCAACCUGGUUUUCAAGAUGGCGGGUUGUUGCAUUUGAAAAUGAUGUGCCUUGGCAAAAACUGGGACUGUCAAACGCGUCGAUAUGGAGAGAUUCGACCAAUUGAUGGUUCUGUUCCGCCUCGAAUUCCCGUUGAAUUCAGUCAGCUUGUUGAGAAAGCAAUUAAAGAAUCAAAGUCCCUAGUUGCUACAAAUUCAAAUGAGACAAAGGGAGGAGAUGAAAUACCACUUUUGUUGCCUGACAUAUGUGUUGUUAACUUCUACACAUCCACCGGGAAACUUGGUCUCCAUCAGGUUAGUGUUUACGACAAAACAAGUUUUGAUUUCUUAAAGUAUAAAGGUGGUUACCUCAAUACAGACAAAGGGGAGAGCAAAAAGUCCCUCCGGAAAGGAUUGCCUAUUGUAUCAUUUUCUAUUGGAGAUUCAGCCGAAUUCUUGUAUGGUGAUCAGAAGGAUGUUGACAAGGCAGACACGUUAAUCUUGGAGUCUGGAGAUGUUCUAAUAUUCGGUGAAAGAUCAAGAAAUGUCUUCCAUGGCGUCAGAUCAAUUCGUAAGAUACUGCCCCCAAGGCUCUUCUUCAGGAAACAAAUCUUCAACCAGGUCGUCUGA